AUGACGGAUAACAGAGCCUGUUAUGGCGGAAACCGUAUUAUUGGUCAUAUGUCAGGUGAUCACGGCGACCAAUCUGGUCGAGGACAUGCACCAUGGAGCCCCUCCCGGAUCCGCAGUCCUACAUUCUUGCGACCUGCCCAGCUCAACGGCCAGGCCAAGCGUUGGACUAUUGUUCUGGUAUCUCCUUGCGUUGCGAGUCGAAACACCGAGUUCUCCUUCUUGCUUCAAGGCCUGUUCCUUGCUCUUGAAUACUGCAGGAUCGGCAACAAGAAUGACGACUCGAGUCACCCGACCGCACCCCAGCUUGCAGCUGGCAAGCGGGCGGGGUAUUACCUCAACCAGCUCCUGAAAAGGAGACUCAAACGUGAAGUGCGAGGGCCCAAAGUCAGGUUAGAACACAGGAAUUACAAGGUUGGCUGGGUAGCAGCUCUCUACACCGAGCUGGCUGCUGCACAGGCUAUGCUCGAUAAUGUCCACGAGCCACUGCCCAUGAACGAAAAUGAUACCAACCUGUAUGUGUUUGGCGAAAUCGGCGCUCACAACAUUGUCAUCGCGUGCCUACCCUCGGGACAAAAUGGCACCGCCAAAGCAGCUCUGGUAGCGAACAAUAUGCGCUGGAGUUUUCCUUCCAUAACUAUCAGGUUGAUGGUUGGCAUCGGCGGUGGCGCACCGCGUGAGCAGGUCGAUCUACGCCUUGGCGAUGUCGUUGUCAGCAACCCAACGGCAGGGUCACCCGGAGUCAUUCAGUAUGACUUCGGCAAGACCGAACAGGAAGGCUUCUCCCACAAUACAGGUGUCUUGAACAAGCCUUGCGAGGCGCUUCUCAAAGCGGUGACCAAGCUAAGAGCCAGUCACGAGUCGCAGCCUAGUCAGAUGCCCACGAUUCUCGCGCAGAUGAAGAGCUUAAACAGUAAUAUGGGUACAUACGUCUACCAGGGAGCUGGAAAAGACCGCCUUUACGAUGCUACGUAUGACCACCCAAAGGACAAAUCUAGCUGCGAUAAGUGCGACAGCUCAAGAUUGAUUGAUCGCCCAAUUAGGCCUGAUAACGACCCCAGGGGUUUUUACGGAACUAUAGCAUCCGCAGAUCAAGUCAUGAAGCACGGAAAGACGCGCGAUCGUGUUGCACAACAUGGCGUUCUUUGCUUUGAGAUGGAGGCAGCCGGCCUGAUGGAUAAUUUUCCAUGCUUAAUUAUCAGAGGAAUCUGCGACUAUUCCGACUCGUACAAACUGAAAGGAUGGCAGCCAUACGCUGCAGCAACUGCCGAGGCAUAUGCAAAGGAGCUCCUGAUGACUAUUCCAUCGCAGGAGGGCCAGAUCCCAGCGCCAAGGACAAUCGAGAUCCGACAAGACCAGAGUUCACUUGAAAGGCGAAAAAAGAUACUCACCUCUCUCAAAUUCGAUCAAAUCGAUAACAGACAUGCUUCUAUCAAAAAGGCACAUGGCAAAACCUGUCACUGGCUUACGAAACACCCCAAGUUUGUCAAAUGGCUGGACUCCGGAUCUGUUGCCCACCACCAUGGUUUUCUCUGGAUUAGUGGGAAGCCUGGCGUCGGCAAGUCAACAACCAUGAAGUUCGCCUACGAUCGCGCACAAAGAUCGUCGGGCCAUAACGCGGCUGUCCUGUCGUUCUUUUUCAACGCUAGAGGUGGAGCAUUAGAGAGAACUGCUGAGGGAAUGCACAGGUCUCUCCUUGUACAGCUUCUUGCGAAGAUCCCCAGGCUACAAGGCGUUCUUGAAGAUCAUGAAAUCCGGGACCAUCUCGAUAUCAACUCGGAAACAGAAAAUUGGAGCCUUCCCUUGUUGAGGGAUGUCUUCGAGAGAGCUAUAUCAAAAUUAGGUUCAGACCAGAUUACCUGUUUUAUCGAUGCGCUCGAUGAAUGCGCAGAAUACGAAGCUCAGCAGAUGCUCAACUUCUUUGAGGAUCUCGGCCAAUGCGCUGUUCAAAACAACACGAAACUGUUUGUCUGCUUUUCUAGUCGACAUUACCCUUCGUUAGAUAUCCGAUACAAAGUUAAGUUCACAUUAGAAGAUCAUCGCGGCCACGACAAGGACUUGGAAGCUUACGUUCAAAACGCUUUGAGUCCCACCACACCUCAGCAAGAGACCGAAAGUACGGCACAGAUCCUACAUAAGGCUUCGGGAGUCUUCAUGUGGGUCGUGCUGGUUGUCGAAAUCCUUAUCAAGGUGAUCCGAACAGGUCGGAUCCAUGAGAUUGAAGAGACACUAGAAUGGCUACCGCCGGAAUUAAGCAAGCUUUUUGCAGAAAUGCUUGGAAAGGAUGAUGAAUAUAUGGGAGACUUACUACUUUCUGUUCAAUGGCUUCUGUUUGGAACACUAUCUGGCCUGAAACCCGGUUUCCUUCCUCAGUUGGACCCUGAACGCGUCAUGAAGCAAGACAUCGAAAACUUUGUGGUUAACUCCUCAAAGGGCCUUGCCGAAACUACGAAAACGAAAAACAAGCCUGCCAUAGUCCAAUUCAUCCACGAGUCCGUCAGAGACUUUUUUCUCAAGGAUAAUGGCCUUGCAACCACUUUCCCUGAACGGGUGAUAACCGAGGGCGAAUUUCACGAGCAACUUAAGGAAUGUUGCUACGCAUACAUAAAAGCAUGCAGUUUAUCAAUCAUCUCGAGCAAGGAAUCGGUUCUUCGGAAAGCUGACCAGUUUCCGAAGGCCUUGGGUGCUUCAAUGAUCGCCAAAUUUCCUUUUCUGGGGUACGCCACGACGCAGGUUCUGUACCACUCCAAUGCUGCAGCAAAUAUGGCAAUACCGCAAGACCAGUUUCUGGAAGAAUUUGCGGCUUCACUUGAAAAUUUGAUCAAGCUCAAUAAUCUCUUUGAGCGAUAUAAGACCUGCCAUUACACGUCAAUGGCCUCUCUGACGUAUAUCCUUGCAAAUCGCGGUCUGGAUUCUUUACUCGAAGCCAACAUUCGCCGCGACCCUCUCAUCGAGACAUCUGUAGAAGAGCAACACGGAAGCCCCGUAGCUGCAGCUAUCCACAGAGGCCAUCUCAGAGCAGCCAAAGUUUUGUUGCUUCAUUUGGACAAGAAGAUGGUCAACAAACACCUGAAAACCAAGAGAGGCAGCACGUUACUUUACGGAGCUGUCAAGAAGGGAUUGGCCGAGGUUGUAAAAUUGCUUCUCGUGGCAGGAGCGGACCCUAACGAUUCUGAGGCCAUGGAAGAUCCGCUCCAUUACGCCAUCGUUCAAGGAAACGAGGCUAUGGUAAAACUCCUCCUUUUUCGAACGUGUUGCAUCAGAACGUCCAAGGCAUCUAUGGAUUCCCAAGGUAUUGCAACGACCUCGACUAGCUGCGAAACUCCAGAUCAGCAACAGCUCCGCUUGGAGGCGGACUACGAGCAUGACGAUCCAGGACGCCCGAACCCACUUCACAUAGCUGUUGGUUAUGGACAUGCAAGAAUAGCGAAUCUACUCCUGGAAAAAGGUGCCAAUGCCGACCGCCUCAUAGCUGGUAAACCUGCGCUGCACAUAGCUGUCAGCAACGGCGACAGAAACUGUAUGAACGUUCUUCUCGAGAAUGGUGCAAAUCCCGAUCAGUGUGAUUCAUACGGAUUCAACGUCUUACGCCAAGCUGUGGACAACUACGACGUGCCUCACGCCCGUUUCAUAAUCGAGAAGGGGGCUGAUGUUAAUCAACGUAUGAAUGGCAUUCCAGUUUUGCACCGAGCCAUAUCCGCCUCCCUUUAUGGCACAGAUAUUUUCAAAAUCCUGCUCGAGAAUGGUGCCGACGUUGAGAUUGCGGACUGUGAUGGUGUCACUACGCUCCAUCGUGUCGCCCGCGACGGCGAUCAUAGCAUUUUGGAGAUGAUACUCAGAGCCAGGCCAGAUGUCAAUCGCACCGAUUACUAUGGUCGAACUCCUGUUAUCUUCGCAUGUAAAAACUACAGCCUCCAUCCCACAGCCAUCAUCGCCUUGUUCGAUCAAGGCGCGGACAUCAAUUUACCAGACCUGGAAGGAAACACCCCAAUGUUUGUCAGUAUUGAUGCACGCAGACCGCCCCAACUCGAAUGCGUACUUCAACUCGGCGCCAACAUCAACGACGUCAACAAGCAGGGGCAGACUGCCCUGUUCAUGGGCUGCCAAACCGGAAGACUCGAAAUUGUAGAGGUAUUAUCCAGAAACAGCACUAUUCAACUAGGCUUUACAAAUCCAGCAGGCGAAACAGCUUUGUUUGGUGUCUUUCCCGGGCACGAGGAAGCCCCGUUGAUAGUUAAGUUGCUAUUAGAGGCAGGCCUUGAUCCCAUGCACACGAAUUCCGCAGGCGAAACUUUCUCUGAAUCAUCGACUUGGUUUCCGAAGCUUGACAAGAAUCUUCGAGAAUCCAUUUUCAGAGCAAUUUCAGAGAGGGAAAUCAACCAAACUGACGAGAUUGGUCGAACGAUUCUGAUGCAAGUGCCACUUCAUUUUUAUUGA